GGCCCUGGCCAAGCUCCCGGCACGCCGCAACAACAAAGAGUACCACGACAUCCGCACGCUAUUCAUAGAGUUUAUGCUGGCGCUGCUGAGCCACAACGAUGCGAGUACGGUGCAGAGCAUCAUGGAUGCGAAUAAGAUGGCUAUAUUAGGCAUGUUCAAACUCAUCAGCAAGGACCCGUUAAAGCUCUCGAGUGAGGUGCUGCAUGUGUGCGAAGCCAUAGCCGCCAAUCCAGACGUAUCCAAAACCACCAAGGUGCAAAUACUCAGUGCACAGACACUGGACCAGAUCAGCCAUAUGUACCACAGCACAGACUCUUACACGCUCGACAGGGAUGGGCACCCGACAACCAAUGAGAUCACAGAGAAUGAGCCCACGGCCAAUCAGAGCGUGGAGAAUAAUGCCGCGCCCAAUCGGGACGCGGGCAGCGAUGGGGAGGGUGGGGUCGUUUCCAUGGCAACGGACGAUGGAGGGCGUACACCCGUGGUAGGAGAAGCGCACGUUAAGGUGACGAAUGGACGAGAGGUGGCGCAUAAGUUUAUGAUGACUGUGUGUGCUUCAUCGACCGAAGGACUUAUUUUUACGCCUAAGGGGCCCUCCGAUACCAAGGUGCACAACCCCACGCUCCUAAAGUUCAUCACCGGGCAGAACAAAGUCAACGAAGACCCCCUCCUACAGACACUCGUGCUCACCAUUCUCCGGAAUGCCCCAGACAUACUUCAUGGAUACUUGUGUGCUCCCACAAUCACUCUAGAGGCAAAGGUGUCUAUGCGACUGCUCUCCACUCUGACGUUAGUCACGCGUGUGCUACAACUGCCUCUGCCCUCAGGCUUCGUGGCUGCGUUGAGCACAUCCACACGGACGCCCACACACGCACACGUACACGUACAGGGGCAUGCACAGCCACACACACACGCACACGCACGCACGGUACGAUCGGAAGUGUUUGCGGAUUACAUGAUACCUGCAUGUAUGAAGGCGACGGUGGUGGCGCAAGGCCUGCAGAGUACUUCUCCGCUGGUGAAAAUGUCUUUCACAGCUGCUCUGAUAAGGUCUUUGGAUAAGGCGAGUACAUUGUUGCACUCACUGCCGCCCCACGCACACGGCACCGUGCGCCUUUGUAGAGAUGCCUUGCUGAAGCGCCUGCCCCCAUUCCAAGUGGUAGUGGUGGGUGCACUACAGAGCAGCCAAACACAGUACUUGCAAAGCCUUAGCGCUGCAGAUGAGGACGAGCGCAAAGGCGCUAAGCUAGUCUACUUGCGAUCCUUACAACUGGUCCGACGAUAUAUCAGGUGCUUCCCCGACAGCAUCAAGGUCAAUCGCUACGACAUGGGCAAAACCAUACCGACCGAGAUGUUCGGUACCACGUUUGACACGCAUGUGACUGGGACUAUCCUAUCAAUGCUGUUGGAAGCCCCAGACGUCAAAUGGGCAUACCAACGGCGCAGUGGAUCGUAUGCGUCACUGCUUGGGCAAUUGAUAGAACUUCUCAUUACCAGCACACACGCCACAGUCUACGCACUGACACGGCAACUGGUUACCAAGGUAACGUGUCGUGUAGGUAGAUGUGUUGUUGAUAAAAUGGUUGAUGGAUGUGCCCUCACCGCAUCUAAGUGA